AAAAACACCAGCGCCCAUCUGUCUGUCUCUCUCGUCUCCUCUGCUCUCUUUCUCACUUCAAUUUUGAAUAGACUCCGGCAGUUGUGCUCGCCGGAAAUGGACAGAGGCGCUCGCGGCGGAGGUUCUAGAACAGUAGAAGAUGUUCUCAUUGAUUUCAAGGCCAGACGCAAAGCCUUGAUCAGAGCUCUUACCACAGACGUUGAAGAUUUCUUCCAGCAGUGUGAUCCAGAGAAGGAAAAUCUUUGUCUCUACGGAUUUCCAAAUGAGGAGUGGGAGGUCAAUCUACCAGCGGAGGAGGUUCCCCCGGAGAUUCCUGAACCUGCUCUGGGCAUAAACUUUGCCAGAGACGGCAUGCAGGAAAAGGACUGGUUGACACUUGUUGCUGUGCACAGCGAUGCAUGGCUACUCUCGGUAGCCUUCUAUUUCGGAGCCAGAUUUGGUUUCAACAAAGCUGACAGGAACCGCCUCUUCAAUAGUAUAAAUGAUCUUCCAACAAUAUUCGAAGUUGUUUCAGGAGCUGCCAAAAAUCAAGGGAAGGAUAAAGCAUCCAACUCAAGAAAAUCCAAAUCUAACUCGAAACAGAGCAAAUCAUCCAAGGCGCAACCAAAGGAGCAGGUGGAGGAGGAAGAGGAAAACGAGGACGAGGUCUUGGAUGAAGGCGAGGAGUAUGAAAAUGGCGAGACCUUGUGUGGAAUAUGCGGAGAAAAAUACGCCUCGGAUGAAUUCUGGAUCUGCUGCGACCUCUGUGAGAGAUGGCUACACGGAAAAUGUGUCAAGAUCACUCCGGCAAGGGCUGAGCACAUCAAUGUGUUCAAGUGCCCGUUGUGUAGCAACAAGAGAACCCGUCAGUGAUCGUGAGCUUCUAAGUUAGUCUCUCUUUUCUCUCCCUAAUUGUGUUGUGGCUAACCAUCAUCUUGUCCAUGGUAUUCGUGGACAGCUCUGUUCAUUCUAGUGAUACACCGUCUUAGGGAGUUUUUCGUCGUUAGUUUAAGCUAUAUUUGUCUAGUGAUUGUGAAUUGUGGAUUAAUUCUCUAAUUUCAGUUUCUGUUGAGGUUGGUAA